AUGGACGAAACGAUGAGCAUUCGGUGGUGGCUGAGCAGACUGGUGUUCUUGCAGGAUCGGCAUCGCAAAGAUCGCCUGGCUGAAGAAUUGGUGAUCAGCCGUGACGAGGUCGAGAAACUGUUCGACUUCAGCAUCAGAAGCCUUUCCGGUCUCCAGAAGUCUGGUGUAGAAGCCGAAGAUGAAGUCAGAGUAGUCGAAGAUAUCGCCUGGGUCCCUCCAGAAGGGCCCGGAUUUCCAGUAGGUUGGUCUCAGCUUGAUGGGGUUGUAUGUGAACAUUUUGGCGGUGUCAAUGGAUAUGUUCUGAGAGACAUGCAGCAAAAAGGAGAGCAGGAGAAACAGGAGCGUGUCGACUCUUUUUACAUUACUGGGGAGGGCAUCUUGCCGACUCCGGUCAUCGUUCCCAGUGAGUGGCAAGCGAGUUUGACUUGGACAUAUACUCCCAAUCUCUUUAAGAAAUGUUCACAACCCAUGCUGCCUACCCCUUCUCCAUGGCGUCUUCUAACGGAUCGAGUCGUGAGAUCGACUGUGGAAAACUAG